AUUUUGCAUCAUUAAAAACGGAGUUUAGACGUAAAUAUGAACAUUACCAGGACAGUAGGGGGACUUAAAUAAACACCGUGCGACCUGUGGUUGGAUCUCAGUUUAUUGGAUGACCUCAAGCUAUUCAGCGAAUAGAAAACCCACGCGUUUCAAUCUCUGGCGCGUUUUCUGGUUAUUACGCGAUAUGUUUUCCCUUGGUUUUUCAGAUCAUCCUUAUGGUUCGCCACGUUUAUUCAUCAAAAUUGUGGUCAUUCUUUUGGUAUCCUUCACUGCUGUUUUAUCGGAAGACUUGAAGCCGAAGAGGAAAAGUGGUGAUGCCCAUAUAUCAAUAACUCAAGACAAAAAGAAAAUCAAAAGCUAUAUAGAGCAAUUUGAUGAUCCAGAAACUGUCGAAAAAUUCCUUCGUGAUCUUCUUAAUCCAGAUCUAAGUAACAUUCAAAUUAUCUCAAUAGUAUUCAAAGUGUUUCCUCAAAUUCCAAAGGAUAAGGAAGAUGUAAACGUUGAGUCAGAAUCGCAAGAUGAUCCACUUGAUUCAAAUACGAAGGAUGAAAACCAAGAGUUGACAGAUAAAUCUGAACAUGAUUCAACUGCGGACAAUGUCCCGGCCUCCCAAAGCAUCCCAUCGAUUAAUGAUGAAAAAACAGUAAAAAGCAUUCAUUCACCAUCUGAUAAGCAUGAAGAUUCGGAACCAAGUGUUGCUCAACGUUUGUAUGACGAAGCUAUGAGUAUUUUGGAGACGGAAAGUCACAAGACAUCUGCUGAUAAGACUGCACUGGAACUCUUGAGCGAAGCUUCCAGACAGGGGCAUACAAAAGCAAGGGAACAGGUGGCUAUGCUCACAUUACUUGGAGGUUACACUGCAGAUCCCUUUCAAAGUGCAUAUUCUGCGUUCGAAGAGCUGUCCAAUGAAGGCAACCCUCGGGGUCAGUUUGGCCUUGGAUUUUUGUAUGCGUCUGGAUUACAUGUAAAUGCAAGUAUUCCACAUGCAUUGAUAUAUUUAACAUUUUCGAGUCUUGGAGGAGAUAAUUUUGCUGACAUGGCUUUGGGUUAUCGUUACUGGACCGGUGUUGGUGUUGAAGAAGAUUGUGAAGCAGCACUAACACAUUAUCAUCGUGUGGCUCAAGUCGUCUAUAAAGAAGUUUCCGAGCGCUCUGAAUCUGGUGGUCCAACUCUUCUUGGACCUAUGGUCAGACGUGCUCGUCUUUUAGAUGAAAUAGAUGCAAUGGGCAAUCUAGACGGUGGUGAUCUUACAAUCAGUGAGGAUCUGUUCCAAUAUUAUCAGUUUAUGGCUUACAAAAAGAAUGUUAGUGCUAUGGUUGGAUUGGGUCAAUUAUAUUAUUAUGGUAGACAUGGUGUUGAAAUGAAUCAUGAAAAGGCUUUUUAUUACUUUAAUCUGGCUGCUGAAUCUGGAAGCGCCAUAGCCAUGGCUUAUUUAGGCGAGAUGUACAUGGUUGGUAGCACGGCUGUACCUGCCGAUUCAACGAAAGCCUUGAAAUAUUUACGUAAAUCGGCUGAGGAGAAUAAUCCAAUAGGGCAAACAGGCUUAGCGCUGGCCUAUUUAUAUGGUCGAGCCGGUUUGCCGGUUAAACCAGUCAUCGCAAUGGAAUUAUUUCUGAAAGCUGCCGAUCAAGGUUGGCCUGAAGCCCAAUUACAUCUUGGUCGUCUGUUCUUAGGUAAUGGUACUCAUGGCAUAAAAACUGACUACAAAUCGGCUUUGAAAUAUUUCACUAUGGCGUCACAACAGGGCAAUGUAAUAGCUUUCUAUCAUCUAGCCGAGAUGCAUGCCAAAGGUACAGGAGUAUUACGAUCCUGUAGCACUGCAGCCGAACUUUUUAAAAAUGUAGCUGAACGUGGUCGUUGGUCGAAAAUGUUCAUGUCUGCUUAUUCUGCUUUUCGUAAUCGUCGUUAUCAUGAAGCAUUUGUUACAUACCAACUAUUAGCAGAACUCGGUUACGAAGUUGCUCAAAGUAAUGUAGCUUUUAUCCUAGAAGAAGAAAAAGCUACGGGAAUUCCAAAGGAUGAAAUUCACAAACGUGCGUUUACACAAUGGCAACGAUCGGCAACACAAGGUUCCACAAGUUCGCGUGUGAAGUUAGGUGAUUACUAUUAUUAUGGACUUGGUACUGAUGUUAGUUAUCAAAAAGCUAUUCAACAUUAUCGAAUCGCUUCAGAUCUACAUCAUAAUGCACAAGCAAUGUUUAAUUUAGGUUAUAUGCAUGAACAAGGAUUAGGAUUGAAGCGAGAUCUUUACUUAGCCAAAAGGUUUUAUGACAUGGCUGCUGAAGCAUCGAUCGACGCACGAGUAGCUGUAUACCUAGCUCUUAUACGUCUUUCAUUUUAUUUUGUUAUGGAUUUUUUCAAUGAAUCAAGUUUCUUUCAAUAUAUUGGAAGUAUGUUUAGUAGUAGGUCAUAUGCAGAUGAACAUGAGGUAGAUAGCGUAACAGAUUCGACAACAACACCAACAACAUCAUCUUAUCCUUCUGGACAUUUAAUAUCAACUAUGGAUUGGGAUUUUUAUGCAAUACCAUUUUUAACAGGAUUAUUAUUGUUAUUCUUGUUUUAUAUUAGACAUAGAAGGGUUUAAAAUUAUUGUUUCUGUGUGUAAUUUUUUCUGUAAUGUAUUUAUAUAUGUAAUUUGGAGCAAUAAAUGAAGUCGGUAAACUUGGAAUAUUUAUUUAUUCUUCAGAUUUUCCUGUUGUGUGAUAAAUGAAUUACCUACUAUCUUUUCUUUCCAUUGCCCUUCGUUAUCCUUCCCUGUCCCUCUACUAUCUUAAUUUUCAAUUCAUUUUUUUAGUUCUACUUUUGCUUUCCUUUUGUUUUGUAGACAUUAUUGUCUAUAGAUUGUAAAGUUCAUUCUUUCUUUACUACUACUAUUACCAACACAUACUGCAUAUAUAUGUGUGAUUAUACAGUGGGUCGAACUUUCACGUUGCUAUUCUUUACAAAUAAAGAGGAACAUUGAGUCACACGUGCUUGUCUUUGUCUCUUUUUUUUAAAUUUCAUAUAAUAUAUAUAUCAUCAAACGAAAAUGACACACAUAUACAGACUUGGGUGUGUUGUCAAAGUGAGUUGUUUUAUUUUACAAUUACUUCAUUCAGGAAAAUCUUUUAUGUCAGUAAAGUAGUAAACAUUAUUUUCGUCUAAUAUUUUUUUUGAAAUGAUAAGCUUUUUUUUAGUGCUUAAUUUCCUGUAAUAUUGUCUAGGCGACACGGAAAAAAGCUUUUUUUUAGGUGUUAAAUAUUGGUCAAAUACACUAAAAUUGUUGAUCGGAAAUAGUCUAUAUGAAACCCUAGACUUAAGUUUCAUGUUAUUUAGCACUCGUCAAUAGGGUGUACCUGUAAUCUUGAGUAAGUUGGUACUCCCUGGUAGAUUCUAUUCUGUGUCACUCAGCUUCACAGUCAUAGAUAUUACCACUGAGCUAUUUGUGCCGCGACGGACGUCCUGUAGAACUGACAUGUAUUUAAAAUUGAUUGCGAUAGGUUAUUAGUCAGUAAUCAAUCAACUGUAAGGACUAAAACUAUUUCGGACAACUCUUUAAUUGAAUUUGAUACCUUUACUUCUCAGCAAUCAAAGUUUAACGUACCAAUUUUUCUUAAAAAAAAUAAUAAAAUGUCUGUAUGAACGGUAUUUCUAGGAUUCGUUUGUGAAUUUCUCAAGUUCCACUAUCAGUUUCGAUAUAUAUAUAUUCAAAUUUUACUAUGGACCAAUUAAAUAAAUCAUGUAUAAUUCAUUCUAUUUGUGAUAUAACUGUUUGUCAAUUAAAAUGUUUUGAAUAAUCACAUUGUUGAUAUUUCUGAUUGAAGUUUGAUCAUUUGUGAUUGUCAUAUAUGGAUUAUGUACGGAUUGCCUCGAUAUAGCCAUUGUGAUGUUGAAUUGGUUGAAUGCAGGUACAUUCAGCUGACGAUUCCCGAAUGGGACGAAAUGUACAUCCUGGAUCCCAUUGUUAACCACUUUUCAUCUAUUUUAUAUCUAAUCGUUGAUUAAUCUGUGGAUUUUAUGGCUGGGGAAUAUUGAAGUCUUCAGCUUUACCUCCUUCAUUGCAUUAAGCCACAUCAGUCUUGUAGCUUCAAUUGGCUCAUGAUCUCAACUAU